AUGCUUUCGGGGCAGCGUUGCCAGAACUGCUGGCAACAGACGCUGCCCCACCACAAUGCCGCUACUUGUCCUUUCCCGGUCGUUAUGGAUUGCAAAAAUGUCUGGGUCUGGAAGAGUCAUGCUGUUUUUGCAUGACACAGAAGGUCUGGCGUGGAAGCUCCAGCGUCACAGGUUUCGAGAAGCUUCCGCAAUGCCGAAUCCGCAUGACAAGCCCCCCACUUUGGUGACAGAAAGCGGGCAGCUUUUGCUACCUAUGCAUGAGAGAUUUUUCUGUGUUCUGAAAUGCGCAUCACAAGUUUGUAUUCUUCCAGACCCAGACAUUUUUACAUUUGAUAGUCGUCUGCCCGGAAUCUCGAGUCGAGCGACUGAUUCGCGCGCACCCGAAUUUACGCAUAUCCUGUGCAAAAGUAUCGUACUCGUAGUAAUCGCAGUCAUGCAUUGCAAAUCUUUAUCCCAAGGUAAAACAGCAUGACAAAUUCCAUUCGUCAUGCUGAGCUAAUUUGUCAUGCGAUUUAUACUAGUACGAUAAUUUUGCAGUUCAUAACGCAAAGCCUGGGACAAGUAUUUCGGGCUGCACAAGCGGUACCAUGACGGUACACACGGGGAGUACGGGAAGGAGAGAGAUAAUAGCAGUGAUAAUUCCGAUUUUGAGCCUCCUCUAUCCACAAAAAAACAACCCGACCCAUCCAAGUUGUCAUGCGAAUCACAACCAGGCAUACGCAUGUAUUUACAUUGAAUUAUCCAGUUUUAUUCAUGAUCGUGCAAAAAUGGAUGCGGGUGGGUCUUUUCUUUUGGAUAUCCUGGCGACAAAAACUACAGCUCCGAGAACACCGAUAGCUCCGUAGAGCGACGGGCGAAGAAAUACGGACCAUUGCAGAAGGUGACGAAUUCGGGUUUGCGGUUGUUUGGGAGGGAGGACGAUGAGAUAUGCUGUGCAAAAGCAUCGUACUAGUUAGUAUAAAUUGCAUUACAAAUUAGCUCUGCAUGAAAAAUCAAAUUUGUCAUGCUAAAUUACCUAAGAAACCAGAUUUUGAUUUGUCAUGCUAGCCUGGCAUUUAUACGAGUGCGAUAUUACUUUUGCACAGGAUAUGAGAGGAUCAGAAACUACAAAGACAGAAAGAAAACUGCAACCCCGGCGGUCGACGACGGCGCGAUUGUUUACACGGAGGAAAUGACCUGGGCUAACCUGGAAAAGAUGAACCAGGAGGCUGCCAAAGCUGAGGAAGAAGCGAAAAAAGCGAAGGAAAAAAAGAAAAAAGGAAACAAGGGUGCAAAGGAUCAAAACAGGGAUAAACAAGAAGACGAGAAGCCGAAGGUAGACACGAGGGCUUUGGACGAGUCCAUGAAGGAGUAUUACCAUCCGAAACUCGCUUGGGGCAACCAGAAAAAGCUCUAUGGAUCGAUCCGGGAAUUAGACGCUCGCGGCAGAUUGGUGCGACAGAUCGGUGGAAAGGAUAAGGAGCAAGAGCAGCAGGCUCUCGGGGGUGGGAAUAAAAGUAAAAGUAAACGAAGAAGUAGAACAAAAAGCAGGAAUAGGAAAAGAAAGAAAAAGAGGAAAAAGCGGAAAAUGAGGCGGCGAAGAGCCCUCGAUCGUGCGGAUUAUAGAUCAGAUACCGAUAGUACAUCUUCUUCUUCAUCAGACAGCGGUGAGAAAAAAGAUUCUGCGAGGAAGGUCGCUCGAGGACAUCAGAGCGGUACUCGCGAUCGCGAUGCGGGCCGGCGCCGUGCGGUAGACAAAAGGAAAAGGCAAGAGUCUUUGUUUGACGAAAACGACAGUGAAGAUGUGGGAAAGAGAAAGAAGAAAAAGGACAAAACGAAAAGGCGGAAAUCAGACAAGAACCAAAGCAAAACUCAUAGAUGUGGCUCUGGCUCUGGGGAACGCGAACGCGGUCGGCUGGGGAAGAAGAGCAGAAAAGCAGAUCGGGAAAGGGACCAGUCUGUUCAGAAGAAAAAGAAAAAGCAGAAGAACUCCGGCCGUGAAGUAGAUGAAACUGGCAACAGAGUAGACAAAAGUUGCUCAUCGGAAAACGACCUUGCACAGGAACAGGAAGAAGAUCAAGAUGUUGAAUCCGAGCUCAUGGACGCGCCCGGAGAUGUGACGCGCAGGAACAUCAAGUGCAAAAUCAGCGAUCAAGAAGCCGCGCCCAUUAGUCCCGGGAGCAAGAUGAAAGCUUUUUUGGAGGCGAACGAGGAUGGUUCGAGUGCUGAACAAGAUCGGAGUCCUCGUAAUCCGAGGACGAGCACGACUAGCAG